UACCCUUGCAGCAAUGCCUGCAUUUCUCAAAAACUCAAUCCUUCCUCUUCUUCUCCUCCUCCCUCUCCUCUUCCCGGGAUGCGCUUCCAUCGACGAGCAGGGCUCUGCCCUGCUCGCAUGGAAGAGCGCCUUAGCCAACGGCUCAACAUCCCCCCUCGCCUCAUGGAGCCCCCUCGACCCGAGCCCGUGCAACUGGCUCGGGAUAUCCUGCGACGCCAACGGCGACGUCGUCAGGAUAAGUCUGAAGGCAGUGGACCUGCGGGGCCCACUGCCCUCGACUCUCCAGCCCCUCAGGGCCUUGCACACACUCAUCCUCUCCUCCACCAACCUCACCGGCCCCAUCCCGAAGCAGUUCGGGGACUACCGCGAGCUCGUCCUCCUCGACCUCAGCGACAACGCCGUCUCCGGCGAGAUUCCGCCGGAGAUAUGCCGGCUCGGAAGGCUCCAGCACUUAAUCCUCAACACGAACCUCAUCACCGGCGCCAUCCCCUCCGACAUUGGGAAUCUCACGAGCUUGAAGCAGCUGAUCCUCUUCGACAACCAGCUCAGCGGCGGAAUUCCGGCGAGCAUCGGAGAGCUGAGCAAGCUCGAAGCGUUCAGAAGCGGAGGCAAUCAGAAUCUCAAGGGCGAAUUGCCUCUCGAGAUCGGAAAUUGCACCAGUCUCACCGUGCUCGGCCUCGCUGAAACAAGCAUCUCCGGCAGCCUCCCGCCGUCGAUCGGAAAGCUGAAAAAUCUCCAAACCAUCGCGAUUUACACAUCCAUGCUCUCCGGCCCCAUACCGGAGGAGAUCGGAAACUGCAGCGAGCUCCAGAACCUCUAUCUAUAUCAGAAUUCGAUCACAUCUUCGAUCCCCCGCAGCUUAGGCCAGCUGAAAAAGCUCGAAUCGAUACUCCUAUGGCAGAACAGCAUCGUCGGAACUAUUCCAUCCGAGCUCGGGAACUGCAGAGACCUCAAAGUGAUCGAUUUAUCAGAGAAUUUACUAACCGGAAUCAUUCCAGCGAGCUUCGGAAGCUUCUCGAAGCUCGAAGAGCUCCAGCUCAGCGUGAAUCAGCUAACCGGAAUCAUACCUCCGGAGCUGACCAAUUGCGCUGAGCUAACUCAUUUGGAGGUCGACAACAACUACCUCUCCGGUGAGAUUCCAUCGGAUAUCGGAAAGAUAAGGCGCUUGCAGUUAUUCUUCGCGUGGAAAAACAAUCUCACCGGAACAAUACCGGAGUCUCUUUCCGACUGCGGAGAGCUUCAAGCGCUGGACGUAUCGUACAACCAGCUGUACGGUGCGGUCCCGAAGCAGAUAUUCGCACUGCAGAAUCUGACAAAGCUGCUCCUGCUGUCGAAUAGCCUGACCGGGUUCAUUCCACCGGAUAUAGGGAAUUGCAGCAGCUUGUACAGAUUCAGGAUCAGCAGCAACAAAGUGGGAGGCUCUGUUCCUUCCGAAAUUGGAAAGCUGAGAAAUCUCAACUUUCUUGAUAUGGGAAGCAAUCAUCUCGUGGGUGGGAUUCCUCCCUCGAUUUCGAUGUGUGAGAGCCUCCAGUUUCUUGAUCUCCAUUCAAAUGCCUUGAGUGGGCCUCUCCCUCAAUCCCUGCCUACUUCUCUACAGUUUCUGGAUAUUUCAGACAACAGGCUCGUGGGCCCACUCAUCCCUACCAUCGGUGGCCUUACUCAGUUGACUAAACUGAAUGUCGGGAGGAAUCUUCUCUCUGGGAAGAUUCCACCGGAGAUUCUCUCCUGCAAUCGGCUGCAGCUGCUCGACCUCGGAAACAAUGGCUUCUCUGGCGAAAUCCCAAAGGAAUUAGGCCUUCUUUCGUCUCUCGAGAUCUCUCUAAAUCUCAGCUCUAAUCAGUUUAGCGGUGAGAUUCCUUCUGAGUUUUCGAAUCUUGAUAAGCUCGGGAUUCUUGAUCUCUCUCACAACAAGCUGUCGGGGAAGCUGGACAAUCUCAAGAGCCUCCAGAAUCUGGUCUCGCUCAACGUGUCUUACAACGGCUUCUCCGGCGAUCUCCCCGACACGCAGUUCUUCCGGAAGCUCCCGCUGAGCGACGUCGCGGGGAACGAGGACCUGUACGUCUCGGGCGGGGUGGUGACGCCAGCGGACGGGCUGGGGCGGUCCGGGAGGCAUGCCGGGGCCAGCAUGAAGAUGGCCAUGGCGAUACUGGUCAGCACGAGCGUGGUGCUCGUGCUGCUGGCCGUCUACGUGCUGGUCAGGACUCACCUGGCCAGCGCGGGAGGCGCGGAGGGGGAUUCGUGGGAGGUGACGUUUUAUCAGAAGAUGGAGUUCUCGAUCGACGACAUAGUGAGGAACCUCACGUCGUCGAAUGUGAUCGGGACGGGGAGCUCGGGGGUGGUGUAUAAGGUGGUGGUGGAGCCGGGUGGGGAGAGUCUUGCGGUGAAGAAGAUGUGGUCGUCGGAAGAGACAGGGGCGUUCGCGUCUGAGAUUCGGACGUUGGGUUCGAUUAGGCAUAAGAACAUUGUGAGACUGCUAGGUUGGGGGUCGAAUCAGAAUUUGAAACUGUUGUUCUAUGAUUACCUUCCGAAUGGGAGUUUGAGUUCGCUUCUUCAUGGAGCCGGGAAGGGAGGCGCCGGGUGGGAGGCUAGGUACGAUAUCGUGUUGGGUGUCGCCCACGCGCUCGCGUACUUGCAUCACGACUGCGUGCCUCCGAUAAUGCACGGGGAUGUCAAGGCUAUGAAUGUGUUGUUAGGCCAUCACAUGGAGCCAUAUCUUGCUGACUUUGGCUUGGCUAGCCUUGUCAGCGCCGAGCCCGAUGAUCCGGACUCCAAACAGAGCCAGAGGCCUCAUCUGGCUGGCUCCUAUGGCUACAUGGCUCCAGAGCUUGCAUCAAUGCAGAGGAUCACAGAGAAGAGCGAUGUGUACAGCUUUGGCGUGGUCCUACUGGAGGUGCUAACGGGGAGGCACCCGCUGGACCCUACAUUGCCCGGGGGAGCACAUCUUGUUCAGUGGGUCCGCGACCAGCUGCAGAGCAGGCGCGAUCCACUUGAUGUGCUCGACCCGAAGCUGAGGGGGAGGGCCGACCCUCAGAUGCACGAGAUGCUGCAGACGCUGGCUGUGGCUUUCCUGUGCCUCAGCACACGGCCCGAUGAUCGCCCCAUGAUGAAAGACGUGGUGGCGAUGCUGAAAGAGAUUCGGAAUCUGGAGCCCGUAAGGUCGGAUACGGAUGCGCUGAAGGCGAACGUAUCGGUCUCGGCGAGUCACAAACCACCAGCAGCCCCUUUCAAGAAAGUGAUCCCACAAGGCUCAUCAAGCUGCUCUUUUGCAUUCUCUGAAGAUUCAGCUUGAUGUUUGUUUGUGCAUAAUUAUUUAGGACAAUGGAGUAACAUAGAUAAGAUAAUGAUAGUAGUAGUAAUUAGUAGUGUUGAUAGCAUAUUAAUUUCUUGUUAAUAACAGUAUUCUAAUUUCUGAGUAAUAAACAUAAAUGGACAAGAAAUCUAGUUUCUGUCACAUCAGAAUUGGAUGCUCCUGCCAACAUAGGACAUAUGCAGAUGCAGAUUUCAUGGAUAUGUAUAAAAGCCAGAGAAAUGAUUUCAA